UUUUUACAGGUUACUUGUUUUCCUGUCACGUGUGGUCACAGAAAAUGUAUUUUUACCGGACGAAGCUCCAAACCUCUUAGAGAUAUUCUUCUGUCUGUGGACGAGAACAUUCCUCGCGAAGAAGACCUAACAGAGUUCAAAGACAAAACUUUAGCGGUGAUGAACGACAUCAGGACUGAGCUGGAACAAUUAAUGCCGAGAACAAGAUUCCAUUUCAUCUUCUCCGGAAGUGCGGUGGAAAGAUAAGCGAUACCGUUCAUGUUGUCUUAUAAGCCAACAGAUUGUGCCUGUAAUUCAACAUGUCAAAUUAACGCUUUAUACACGGAUCUAGACGUGAUGUUUUGUUCCCUGGCAGACAAAGCGACUUUUUCUGGCGAAGGAAACAUUCUUGUCGAACCUUUCGUAACGGAUGAUGCUGGUUUUACUGGCUACGCUAAGCUAACUUCUCUCACUCCUGGCUAUCAAGGAAGCUGUGUUAGUUCAAAACUCAUCAGAGAUCAAGCCAAAGUUGCUGUAGAAAAUACGCGUGUAUCAAAUCUCCCUGGUGUGCCAUGCUGUUGUGGAAUGUACGAUGCUACACCUAAGAUUCAGCUACAUUGCAAGGGACCAGCGAUGAAGAUCAGCAUUAAACCCCUCUUCGAGGCAGACGUAACUCUUUGCUUUCACUGUACCGAGUGGCCUACGUUAAGUGACUGGCCUUCUCGACCGAGGUACUGGCCCAGUCUUGCUGAUACGCACAGAAUGAUAUCACUUGGUUGUCACCUGGUGGCAAAGCCAGCACCGAGUGACGUGGAUCAAAGAAGUUGGAGAUUCUCGUUCUCUUUGGCAGAAGUUGAGCUUUCCAAGCUUGUCCCAGACGUGGCAAGGAAAUGUUUUGUGGCUUUGAAAAUCAUCCUAAAGGAUCACCUUCAACCGGUUGUCCCUGAAAUUGGUUCUUACCACAUCAAAACCAUUUUUUUGAACACUCUAGAGAAGGUGCCACUUGGUUUCUGGACAGAAGACAACAUCGAAGAGUGUAUGCUGACAUUAUUAACGGAACUUUGUGAUGCCCUGCUGUCCUUGAAAUGUCCCCAUCACUGGUUUAGUUUCAUCAAUUUAUUCAAUAGAGCGCUAUUAUCGUUUUAA